GCCUGGGUGGCACAAGGCUGAUUCCUCACAGAGCUCAAAUCACUGCGAUCUCAUUAGAUGUCAACAAAGACUCGGACUGAUACAGAAUCAAGCUCCAGGAAGCAGGGAAAAAAAGUCCAAAGCAUUAAAAUAAUCUGUUCAGAUUCCAACUGGAUCUGCGGAGGAUCGAGGCAGCAGGAGCCUUAGUCGCUGGGAAAACGUGGGCUUCGCUCUUUGCCAUGAAACAUGAGUAAUGAGAGCAGUAUAAUUGGGGGCUUUCAGCCUCCCUGGAACUUCAACGGGACAUUGGGUGACCACUCAGCUGACCUGUUCUCCAACAUCUCCUGUAAUGAGUCCAGCAACAGUUCAACGUCCUGCUCUCAUGCUGACAACGAUGUGUGGACUGGAAGUCCAUAUAAAACCCUGGAGAUGUUUUUUAUUGCUUUGGUGACAGGAUCUCUGAGCUUCGUGACUGUAACCGGAAACAUAUUAGUCAUGCUGUCCAUCAAAGUAAACCGCCACUUACAGACUGUCAAUAACUACUUUUUAUUUUCAUUGGCCUGUGCUGACUUGAUCAUUGGAGUUUUCAGCAUGAAUUUAUAUACUGUCUACAUUAUUGUUGGUUAUUGGCCUCUUGGGCCUGUUGUUUGUGAUUUGUGGCUAGCUUUAGAUUACGUUGUCUCAAACGCUUCUGUGAUGAAUUUAUUGAUCAUAAGCUUUGAUCGCUACUUCUGCGUGACCAAACCCCUAACGUAUCCGACCAGAAGGACAACCAAGAUGGCGGGAUUAAUGAUCGCUGCAGCAUGGAUCCUGUCAUUUAUCUUGUGGGCUCCAGCCAUCUUGUUCUGGCAGUUCAUUGUUGGGGAGCGAACAGUGCCACCUGGAGAAUGCUAUAUUCAGUUCCUUUCUAACCCUGCAGUGACCUUUGGGACGGCUAUAGCUGCCUUCUAUCUGCCCGUUGUCAUUAUGACAGUCUUAUACAUCAACAUCUCCUUGGCUUCCAGGAGCAGAGUCUCCAAACACAAACCUGAGAAGAAAGAGAAGAAGGGAAUAAAAACUCCGAACCUAAUAAAGAGUCACCUGAUAAAGCAGAACAAUAACAAUGACACCAGCCCUCAAGCAAGUCCUCGCUCCACUCCGAAGGCCAGUGUGGACUCAACCACCACUGCACUGGAUGGGGUAAAGAAUGGAAGAGUUGAGGAACAAAAACCUUCUCAACCAGAAGCCCUGGGGCAUCCAAGUCCUAGACUCGCACAGGAGGAAAAAGAGAGCUCCAACGACUCGUCCACAGCAUUUAUCCCUCCAACAGAACCAAAGGCCAACAAUGAAGCGACAUCUGAGGCUGCUACAAAUCCCAAUCCAGUUGUCACGACAACAACAUCCAACUCUGCUAUGCCCAAAAUCAACCCAUCGUCGAGGUGGUCCAAGAUAAAGAUUGUAACAAAGCAGGCAGGCGACGAAUGCAUCACAGCUAUAGAGAUCGUUCCGCCAGUGGAGGGAGCCGAGAGGCAUUCAAUCCCGAUCAGCCGUCCCAGGACUGUGGCAAGAAAGUUUGCGAGCAUCGCUAGAAGCCAAGUGAAGAGGAAAAGACAGAUGGCUGCCAGAGAAAAGAAAGUAACCAAGACCAUCUUUGCCAUCCUCCUGGCUUUCAUCAUUACAUGGACACCGUAUAAUGUCAUGGUGCUGAUAUCCACCUUCUGUCAGUCCUGUGUCCCUGACACCGUGUGGGCGAUUGGCUACUGGCUAUGUUAUGUCAACUCGACUAUCAACCCAGCUUGUUACGCACUGUGCAAUGCCACAUUCAAAAAGACUUUCAAAAACCUGCUGCUGUGCCAGUAUAAGAAUAUAGGUACAAGAUGAGAUGAAAGAAGAAGAUACAGGGUGGGAUGGGAUGGGAGGAAACACUGUACAAAGGUGAGUGACAAGAAGACUGGAUAAAUAGGGGAUGAAUCAUAAAUGGGAGAAAUCUAAAGAGUUCUGAUGUGUGACGGGAUAUGCAUCUAUUUAUUCUACGAGUUGCUGUUGAUCAUCCUUUACGCAGAGCAAACGUGAGAGAGCUGCCCAGCUUUCCCUUAAAUAGAACCAGUUCCACAGACAGUAGAAAAGCUACUAUAAUAAUGAGACAAAGUGGAGUAUGGAUGAGAUGUAAGGUGUGGAGAGCAUAAAUGGAAAUUAAAGUUCGUAGAGAUGAAUCUGAAAUAGAGCAGUUAUACUGCUGCAGCCAUAUCAGCUGCUCUGACUCGGUCCAGUGUUUUAAUGUAUAUUUGGACUAACAGAAGACUUGUAGCCUGUUUGGACAUACUGUCAUUUUCCCCAUGAUGAAUUAACCUCCAGGAAAAACCCUUGCCAAGACAUACAUUCAAGUUUUGAUGUAAUGUGAACUCUAUUAUAUUAAAGUACUGAGGGCA